AGAGGCUCCUCAUGCCGCCGGAACGUACAAAUGUCCCGGUGAAGCUGUCCUUGCCUUUGCAAUAUCAGCAGGACAUCUUCACCGAACUGCGUUCCGAGGAUGAAUUGGUCGUCCUUGCCCGGGGCCUUGGGCUCUUGCGCUUAGUGACUAACCUUUUACAUUUCUAUGAUGCUGCAGGGAACAACCUAGUGCUUGUAGUAGGUGCCGAUGAUCGAGAGAACGAAUGGAUUGGGGAAGGCAUGACAUAACACCUCGAGUAAAGCAAUCCGACGCUAAUUGCUCAUACAGCACUGGCGGAGCACUACGCCAUUAGCAAAACCCCUUUGGCUAGGGGUCUUAAGGUGAUCAACACUGAGAGAGCCACGGUUUCCAUGAGAGAGAAGAUCUAUGCCCAAGGCGGUAUUCUGAGUGUGACAUCCAGGAUACUGGUUGUGGAUCUACUGUCAAAGCUCCUUGAUCCCGAGAAGAUUACGGGGAUGGUUGUGCUUCAUGCCGACAAGAUUUUGGCAACCUCGACCGAAGCCUUCAUCAUUCGAAUAUUUAGACAGAUCAACAAGACUGGUUUUCUGAAGGCAUUCUCAGACUCUCCUGAGCCUUUCACAACGGGGUUCGCACCCUUGGCCAAUUCCAUGCGCAACCUUUUCCUUCGCAAAGCCUCAUUAUGGCCCCGAUUUCAUGUCACCGUUGCCGAGUCCCUUGAAGGCCACAGAAAGGCUGAGGUCAUUGAGCUGGAGGUUCCGAUGAGCGACAAGAUGCGUGAAAUGCAGAAUGCCGUCCUUGAAUGUGUGGAAAUAUGCAUCGGAGAGUUGAAGAAAGCAAAUACAGGCCUCGACAUGGCAGACUGGACCUUGGACAGUGCCCUGCAUAGGAGCUUUGACAUAAUGAUCAGACGACAACUGGACCCUAUAUGGCAUCGGGUGACUUUCAGGACUAGGCAGAUUGUUAGCGACCUGAGCGAUCUCAGGGCAAUCCUUCAUGCUUUAUUGACGUACGAUGCUGUGUCCUUCGUGAAAUAUCUGGAUACAAUCGUAACUGCACACUCUCCUCCGCCCGGCUCGACGAGGCAUAACUAUUCACCAUGGCUGUUCCUCGAUGCAGCUCACGUUCUAUUUCAAACAGCAAAAUCUAGAGCGUAUCAAGGGAAGAUAAGCAACGACGUGGCCUGCGCCUCAUUGAACGCAUUCCCUACUACCCUUCAACCUGUCUUGGAGGAACAACCUAAGUGGGAAGUUCUGGCAGAAGUACUCGAAGAGAUAGAAAAUGACGCAUAUCUCAACCCAGUCAACGUGGAUGAAUCGAACAGUACUGUAUUGAUCAUGUGCACGGACCAAAAAACUUGCCGACAGCUUCGAGAGUACCUGGGGACAAUGCAUGCUAAUAUAGAUGGCGAGAGCGAGGAAGACAAAGAUAUUGCCAAUAGUACUAAGAAGGGCUCUGCAGAUAUCAUGAUGCGCAGAAGGCUGCGGGCCUACCUCAGCUGGAAAACGUCUCUGUCCAAUGUGACGAAAAAUCUAUCGUCGAAGCCAACACCUGACGAGCAACAGGCUGGGAAACAACAAGACUCACCAGGACCAUCCGCCCAACAAGGACGAGCUCCUCUAAACAAGCGGCGCCGGGUUCGUGGUGGGGGUGCAGUGACAUCCGCCUCUGGCCGCGUACCAAAUAGUAGUGUCCAGACAGAUGUUGAACUACCCGGCCAAGUCUCGAACUUGCUGGAAGAAAUUCAACCUACAGAAAUUGAGGAGAUCCAAAAAGAGGAAAUCAUAAUUGACAAUUUGGAGGAUAUGGAUGGUUUCUUUGAGUUGUGCGAUAUGGAUGAUCUGGUUGUAAUACAUCCAUAUGAUGGUGACUUGGACGAACAUAUCUUAGAAGAAGUGCGGCCGCGGUACAUCAUCAUGUAUGAGCCUGAUCCAGCGUUCAUCCGGAGGGUCGAGGUCUACCGCAGUUCUCACGUUGGACGGAACGUACGAGUGUACUUCAUGUACUACGGAGGAUCCGUCGAAGAACAGCGCUACCUUAGCGCAGUCCGACGCGAGAAAGACUCAUUCACAAAACUCAUCAAAGAGAAGGGCAACAUGGCCAUUACUAUCACACACGACAAGAGUCUCGAAGAUCCACAAGAACAAUUCCUUCGCACAGUUAACACACGUAUUGCUGGAGGUGGUCGGCUAGCUGCAACUGCGUCGCCUCCUCGAGUCGUGGUGGAUGUACGAGAGUUCAGAAGCGCACUCCCGUCACUACUGCACGGUAAUAAUAUGAUCAUUGUCCCGUGUCAGCUAACAGUGGGCGAUUACAUCCUUACACCGGACAUUUGCGUUGAGCGUAAGUCAGUUCGUGACUUGAUCUCUUCCCUCAGAAACGGUCGUCUCUACAACCAAGCAGAGACGAUGCUCCAGCAUUACAAAAACCCUCUCCUCCUGAUUGAAUUCGACCAAAACAAGUCGUUUACUUUUGAUGCAUUCGCGUCCGCAACAACUCCAGGAACAACCUUCUUAACUGAUUAUGGAUUCUCUUCUUCCGGAACUGCGACCACGACCUUGUCUGCCAGCAGUUCACUCGUCAACCCAUCUAGCCCAAAGUCCGCCCAGCACCUCCUCGUUCUGCUUACGCUCGCAUUUCCUCGUUUGAAGGUCAUCUGGUCAUCAUCUCCUUAUCAGACCGCGGAAAUUUUCGCGGAACUCAAGAAGAAUAACCAAGAGCCAGACCCUAUACGAGCAGUGCAGAUCGGUUUAGAUAUGGAUAUUGCUGACUCCGGUGAUAUCAUGGCUGCAGCUGGCAUAGAGCACCGUACCUUUAAUCUUCUGCCCCAGGAUAUGCUCAGAGCCGUGCCGGGGGUUACACCGAAUGUGCUUGAACGACUUAUUCUUGAAACGGGCAAUCUUUCGGAGAUUGCAAAUAUGGAUGUUGAGCAACUAGGUCCUCUCGUAGGGACAGAAGCCGCGCGGAAGAUUGUCAAUUUCUUUCGGAAAAGCGUCUUUGAUGAAAGCUAACUUGCAUCUACUGUCUACUGCCUUGCGGAGUCCAACUGUAGGGACUACGGAUGGAAUGUAU